AGCGGCGCGCAGGGGGCGGGGCCUGGCGCAGGGGGCGGGGCCUGGCCGGCGGCGGUGUCCUUGCGGCGCGGCCCGGGUCGCGGCUCACUGGUUCGACCCGAGCGGUCAGCGCUUUGCGGCGAGGACUUCGGCGGCGGCGUCACCAUGUUGUGCCGGGCGGCGUGCAGCGCGAGCCGGGAGCUGGUGCCCGCCCUGGGCGCCCUGGGCUGCCGCCGGAAGCACACCCUCCCCGACCUGCCGUACGACUACGGCGCGCUGGAGCCGCACGUCAGCGGCCAGAUCAUGCAGCUGCACCACAGCAAGCACCACGCGGCCUACGUCAACAACCUCAACGCCACCGAGGAGAAGUACCAGGAGGCGCUGGCCAAGGGUGAUGUCACAGCCCAGGUAGCUCUCCAGCCUGCUCUCAAGUUCAACGGUGGAGGCCACAUCAACCAUAGCAUUUUCUGGACAAACCUGAGCCCUAAUGGUGGCGGAGAACCCAAAGGGGAAUUGCUGGAAGCCAUCAAACGUGACUUUGGUUCCUUUGCCGCGUUUAAGGAGAAGUUGACUGCGGUGUCUGCUGGCGUUCAAGGCUCAGGUUGGGGCUGGCUCGGUUUCCAAAAGGAACAAGGACGCUUACAGAUUGUUGCUUGUGCUAACCAGGAUCCCCUUCAGGGAACAACAGGUCUUAUUCCACUGCUGGGGAUUGACGUGUGGGAGCAUGCGUAUUACCUCCAGUAUAAAAACGUCAGGCCUGACUACCUGAAAGCUAUUUGGAAUAUCAUCAACUGGGAGAAUGUAGCGGAGAGAUACAAGGCGUGCAAAAAGUAAACGUCACCUUGACACUGAGCACAGAAAGCUCUGGCUGCUUUUGUGGCAGCGCAGAGCGCCCCCUGCACCUGUCAGCUGCUCUGUCGUUUCUGACUGUAGCUCAUUCAAGUAUUUGAUAAACACAGUUUAGUGCUA